UGCAAUUUUAGCGGGAUGUCUGAGAACAGAGGGAGAUGGGGUUCCAGUGGCAUGGCAUGCAACACCAGUGGGUCCUCCUGGGGUGGUGGGGCUGGAUGGGGCAGUGCCACUGGUGGGGGCUCAGCUGGAGGUUUUAACAGCUUCGAGGGCAGCGAGGGGGGGCUCUUUUCUGGUGACGAGAAGCAAACAAUGCAAAACCUUAAUGAUCGCUUGGCAACCUAUCUGGGCAACGUGCAAGCUCUAGAGGAGGCAAACAGUGAACUUGAGAGGAAAAUUGAAGAAUGGCUUGAGAAGUCCGGAACAGGGACCAGAGGUGGAGCGCGACGUGAUUACAGUAAAUAUCAUGCGACCAUUGAUGACUUUCGCAAACAGGUAAUUGCUGCAACUACAGACAAUGGAACACUCCUUUUGCAGGUUGACAAUGCUAGGCUGGCUGCUGCUGACUUCAAGCUGAAGUAUGACAAUGAGGUGACCCUCCGCCAGAGUGUUGAAGCUGACACCAAUGGCCUACGUAAGGUCCUAGAUGACAUUGCCAUAACAAUUAGUGACCUUGAAAUGCAGAUUGAAAGCCUGACUGAGGAGCUGGAGUAUAUGAAGAAGAAUCAUGAGGAGGAUAUGAACUCUGUGACGGAUACCACCGCCGGAGGCAUUGAUGUACAAAUGAACGCCACACCUGGAGUUGACCUGACUGCACUUCUCAAUAGGAUGAGAGCUCAAUAUGAGGCCCUGGCUGAGGAGAACCGACAAGAUAUGGAGGCCUGGUUCAACAAACAGAGUCAAGAACUAAAUAAACAGAUCAGCAGCAGUGCCGAAGAGACCAACACCAACAGGAGCGAGAUUACGGAACUGAGACGCAGCUUGCAAAGCCUAGAAAGUGAACUGCAAUCCCAGUUGUCUCUGAAAGAAUCUCUUGAGGCCACCCUAGCUCAAACAGAAGGCCAAUACUGUGCCCAGCUUUCCCAAAUACAAGACGUGGUCAGCAAUGUGGAAGGCCAAGUACAGCAGAUCAGGGCAGACAUGGAGUGCCAGAACAGAGAGUAUGAACAGCUCCUGGAUGUCAAGAUCCACCUGGAGACUGAGAUUGAGACCUACCACAAUCUACUGGAUGGGGGAGAGAGUGAUUUUGCAUCUGGAAAUACAACUGGAUCCAGACCUUCAGGAAUAAGAGAUGGUGGAGCUUCAGAAGCUAGAUCUAGAGGAUCAAGCAGUUCAAGAUCUACAGGUCAGACAUCUUCCAGGGGAUCAGCAUCUACAGAUUCAAGAUCUAGGAGGACGGGAUCUUCUUGUUCUCCAUCUAGAAAUUUGGGAUCUGCAGACACAAGGUCUAGGAGCCAAGAAUAUUCCAUCUCUCAAUCCAAAGGUUCUGGAUUUGGAGACUCAAGAUAUAGAUGUUUGGGAUCUAGAGACACCGGACUUAGUGGUGAAGAUUCCGAUGAUUUGGGAUCAAGAUAUGGAAGCACUGCCAAAGAUGUACCAAAAACAAGAGUGAUCAAGACAAUAGUGGAAGAUAGAAUUGGUGAUCAGGUUAUCUCAACUCAUGUCCAGUCUGUUGAAGAAAAGCCAAUUAAAUAA